AUGGCUUCCUAUAGUAUCUUUGUAAUGCUCCAAUUUUCCUUUUUGAUUCUGAGCUUUUACCACUCAAACUCAGCCACAACCCAGAGUCUGGACACAGACAAAGAGGCAUUGAUCUCACUGAAAUCUCAGUUUAAUAUUGACCCAUUCCAUCCAUCUUUGUCUGAUUGGAAUCAGAGCUCUUCAUCGUCUCCUUGCAGCUGGACUAGAAUUGUCUGCAACCGAAAUGCCGAAAGAGUAACCGAGCUUGAUCUUUCAGGCCUCAAGCUAUCAGGUUCCAUUAGCCCUUUUAUAGGGAACCUGUCUUUCCUUAGAUCACUUCAGCUGCAAAAUAACCAGCUGACAGGAAGACUCCCUGAUCAAAUUAGCAAACUUGUUAGCCUGCAAUCGCUGAAUGUGAGCUUCAACAGCCUCACUGCUGGUAUUCCAGGCAAUUUGAGCCAAUGCAAAGAGCUCGCAGCCAUUGAUCUUAUGCAGAAUCAAAUAACAGGGGAAAUCCCUGAAGAUUUGAAGGAGUUGAAACAGCUUCAAGUAUUGAACUUGGCGAGAAAUCGUCUCUCAGGGUCAUUUCCAUCCUCUGUACUCAACAUUUCAACUCUGGUUACCUUGAAUUUGGGUACAAACUUUCUCGGUGGAGGAAUACCCGGUGAAUUGUCCAACCUACGGAAUUUACAGGUUCUUGAUCUCACCAUAAAUAAUUUCACCGGUCUUGUUCCCCCAUCCAUAUACAACAUGUCUUCACUGGUGGAUUUGGCUUUGGCUUCGAACGAUUUAUGGGGCGAGUUUCCAUAUAAUGUGGGAGUCACACUUCCAAAUCUUCUAAACUUUAAUUUCUGCAUCAAUAAGUUCACUGGUAGACUCCCUGGAUCUUUGCACAAUCUCACCAGGAUUAAAAUCAUUCGGGUGGCGCAUAAUCAGUUACAAGGAACUGUUCCUCCUGGAUUAGGCAAUCUCCCUGAUCUUGAGAUGUACAACAUUGGUUACAAUAAGAUAGUAAGUUCCGGGAUGAAUGGCUUCGAUUUUCUGGAGUCAUUGAUGAAUAGCACCCGUUUAACGUUCCUGGCAAUCGAUUCCAAUCUCUUGGAGGGUCCAAUUCCUGAUUCCAUUGGUAAUCUUUCCAAGGUGCUUAAGAAAUUUUACAUGGGUGGAAAUCGUGUUUAUGGCGGUAUACCAUCCACAAUUGGCCAGCUUAGCGGCCUGGAAUUGUUAGACAUGAGUAAUGAUUCGAUUUCAGGGGGAAUUCCGGCUGAAAUAGGCAAGUUGGAACAGCUUCAGGUUCUGGGAUUGGCUGGAAAUCUUCUUUCUGGAAUGAUCCCAGAUUCAAUUGGCAAGCUCCUGAAGUUAAACAGGAUGGAUUUAUCAAGAAACAAUUUGCAGGGGAGCAUUCCGACCACUUUCAAAGGCUUACAAAGACUGCUUUCAAUGGACUUAUCUAACAAUAAGCUUAAUGGAGGCAUUCCUCCAGAAAUCUUUCAGCUUCCCGGUUUAAGCAAUUUGCUGAAUCUUUCUAAGAAUUCUCUCACUGGCAAUUUGCCCGAAGAAAUUGGGCUGCUGGAAGAUGUUGUCACAAUUGACAUAUCGGAGAACAAAUUAUCAGGUGAUAUCCCCAAGUCAAUUGGAAACUGCAAGAGCUUGCAAAAUCUGUUAUUGUCCGAAAAUUCGCUUUCUGGCCAGAUCCCAGAGAGUUUAGGAGACGUCAAAGGAUUGGAAAAUCUGGACCUUUCAUCAAAUCAACUCUCUGGUGUUGUUCCACUUGAUCUUCAAAAUUUGCAGGCACUUCAUUUCUUAAAUCUUUCUUUCAAUAAUUUGGAAGGGAAAAUCCCCUCUGCUGGGGUGUUUGCUGAUCCUUCUAAAGUUCAUUUAGAAGGAAAUAAAAACCUUUGUCUGAAAAACACUUGCUAUAAUAAGCAUGCCCGUCGAACACGCCUAAUCUUGGUGUGUGUUAUAAUUGGGGCAACACUAGCAGCAUUUUCAACCAUUGCUUUGCUAGUGUACUUCAGAAAAGGAAAAGCGAAAAUCCAAGUGAUCUCUGAAUCCUUUAGGCAGCAGUAUAAGAUGAUUUCCUAUGAUGAGCUACGUCUCGCCACUAAUGAUUUCGACAGAGGAAACCUCAUUGGGGAUGUGGUGGAUCAAGAACUCAUUGGGAAUCUUGAAAUUGAUCUGGAAAACCAAGAUGGUAAAUUUGUUGAUGAACUAGAAAAACAGUAUGAUUGUCUAACUCGAAUCCUGAGGAUUGGCUUGGCUUGUUCGGCUGAGUCUUCUGAUGAAAGAGUAUCCAUGAGAAAUGUUCUUCCCAAUAUGAAAAGUAUCAAAGAUGCACUUCUCAAGCCUAACAACACAGAUAGCAAGUGGAAGCUCGAGGACUAA